CACUCUCCAACGUCAUUGGUCUGCUUAUUUUUCGUCACUUCCGGUCAAAAUGGUGAGAACUUGGGUUCAGACGAAGAACAGAUUGUAUUGUUUGUUCACAUGAUUUAUGAUCUUAAAGAAAACAAAGUUUGUAUACAAUUGUUUUUGUACAUUAUUCAACAACAUGAGUCCAUCAUAACUGAAGAGUGUAGAAUACAGACUGGCGUAUCAGAAGAGGCCAUUCUCAAUGCCCCGCCCCUCGGUCACGUGAUUGACGAGUUUGAAAACUCUCUAUCCUCUCACCAACUUCACAACCUCUCCGGACUGACCCGCCAAAACUUCUGCCUCUGCACCGACGGCCAGUUACAUUUGAGGAUGUGCCUGCUUCCGGAAUGCUCCAACAAAAACAUCAACCUCGCACAUCACUAUUUCCGGUUUUUUGAUCUUAGGAAGGAAUUUAGAAAGUGUUACAAAUAUGAAGAUGACGUGGCCGUCCACUGUUUGGCCGAUAUGCUUGAGUUAUCCGGUUUAGAGAAAGUUGAUGAACCUCAAUACGGCAUGAGGCAAUGUAAGGAGAUGGCUCUGAUCAUACAUAAGAUGGUUGCCCAAGGUCACCUAUUUUUGGAGUCCGAGUACAUCAAGGACAAACUGGAGCCUGGAGUUUGUGGGAAAGAUGAAGUUGUGGAUGACGACACGGUAGUGAGGGCACGUGGUCUGCCCUGGCAGUCAUCCGAUCAGGACAUCGCCAGGUUUUUCAGAGGCCUCAAUGUCGAAAAGGGUGGUGUAGCCCUCUGCCUGAGUCCACAAGGUCGUCGAAACGGAGAGGCCCUCAUACGAUUCGAGAGCAAGGAGCAUAGGGACCUGGCCCUGAGAAAGCACAAACACCACAUCGGGCAGAGGUACAUUGAGGUCUACAAAGCAUCUGGCGAAGAUUUUAUUGCAGUUGCCGGAGGUACGCUUACAGAAGCGCAAGAGUUCCUCUCAAGACACGGUGAUGGAGGAAGCCAGAUCAUCGUGCGUAUGCGAGGUCUGCCCUACAUAUGCAAGGCAGAACAAGUGUUGAACUUCUUCAAGCAGGAACCAAACCCUGCAGACGUGUUGGAUGGUGAGGAUGGAGUCCUGUUUGUGCACCAGGCCGAUGGGAGAUCCACUGGAGACGCCUUCGUCCUCUUCUCCAGCGAGUCUGAAGCCGAUCUUGCUCUCUCAAAGCACAGGCAGUGCAUCGGCACCAGGUACAUUGAACUCUUCAAGAGCACCACGGCCGAGGUUCAACAGGUCGACAUCACUACAUUGGAACACUUUCCUCAGAUCAUAACAUUCCCAGCUGCAAUCCACCCAGCCAAUUCUUUCCUCCUACAACCAACGUCCCAUCAACAAAUCAUCACCAGUGGCACCAAGAGAGACUGCCUCCGGAUCAGAGGCCUCCCCACGGAUGCCCACGUGUCCGAUGUGCUGACAUUCUUGGGUGAGAACAGCAAGUACAUCGUGUACCAGGGGGUGCAUAUGGUCUACAACUCGAGGGGCAUGCCUUCGGGAGAAGCCUUCAUACAAAUGGACGGGGAGCAAUCAGCGGAAAUUACGUCACUGGCUAAAAAUAAAAAAGUGAUGUACACGCAGGGAGGCAGGAAAAAUUACAUCGAAGUGAUCCAGUGCUCCGGAGACGAAAUGAACCUACUGCUGAACAGCGGC